GUAGGUGCCCCCUUGCAUCAGUAUGUCCACACUAUGUACACAGUAGCAGCUGCACUCAGUGGGAGUGGUGGAGGGAGGGAGGACCCAGCUCCUGCUUGUCAUUGCCUAUUACUAUUCAUUUCUCCCAGGGAGCCCUGCCAGCAGCAGCUCCUGUCUCUCCACCACUUCUAACUCCACAACCGUUGGCUGCAAAGACUUUUUCUUUUUUUUGUUCUACAAUAAGUCCCACUCCACCCCCCCUCCCUCUCUUUUAAACAGGCAGAGAGGUCAUUUCUUAGAAACUCAUGUAUCCAUCAUUGCACAAACCCUUCUAUCUGGAAUAAAGUCUUCUGGAUCUGUUUGGAGUUUUACUUUGUUUCCUAUGAUUAUUAUGGUCUAACAGUCCUCAGGCUUUUUUUUAUUUUUUGUUGUUGUUGAGUAUUUUUGCAUUCUUUUGGGUGCUGGUGAUCAGCCUGUGCUGUGGGAUCUCCUGAUCCCAAUAACCCAACGCGUGGCUCCUUUGUGUAUAGCAGCUGCUGUGCAUCAAUGCAUAGGCAAGUCCUAUGGUUUGGCUGCUUGCUUCUUUAAAGACAACAGCCCCCCUGAACCUCCAGAACUGCUGCCUCCUGCUCCCCAUCCUGGAAGAACUAACAUCUUAACCCAGGAGUGGGACUUGUAUUUCAUCUGCACCUGAGGACUCCAGAGAAGACUCUGAAUGCUGCUGAACCACUAGGACUAGGACUAGGACUGGCUGCAACUGCAACUUGACUACUUCAAACAUGGAUGUAAGGUUUUACCCUUCAGCUGCUGGCAAUGCCCUGCCUGGAGAGUCACCAAAUCUGGACUUUUCACAAUGUUUAGACUACUACGGUUACAAGUUUGGAAAUAAUAACAACUACAUGAAUAUGGCAGAAGCCAAUAAUGCAUUUCUUGCUGCAAAUGAGAUGACCUCUUCCACAAAUGAAAAUGUGACCUGUAUUCCAGUGAUUUCUCAUUCUCAAUAUUUUUAUCUACAAACUUUCCACACACCAAGUCUUGGUGAUGAAGAAUUUGAAAUUCCUCCCAUUACGCCACCUCCAGAGACUGACCCUUCGCUUGGCAUGACCGAUGUUAUGCUCCCAUUUCAAGUUAUGAGUGCCCAAGGGAAUGAAUUUACACCUCAGUUUCCACCUCAAAGUCUGGACCUCCCUUCUAUCACAAUUUCCCGCAAUCAAGUAGACCAAGAAAGAGCAUUGCACUCCAAUGGGUUGACAAUGGAACAAAGACAAAGUCAGAUGUCCCAGUAUCGUCAGGACCCUUCAUUUAUCAUGAGGUCGCUGGUACAUAUGUCAGAUGUGGCACGGGCUGGAAUAAUGUCACAAAGUCAACUUACCACCAUAAACCAGUCUCAACUAAGUGCUCAGUUAGGACUCAAUAUCGGAACAACUUCCAUUCCCCAUACGUCUCCUUCACCUCCGGCAAGCAAGUCGGCCACUCCAUCCCCCUCCAGUUCGGUGAAUGAAGAAGAUGCUGAUGAAACAAACAGGACCAUUGGAGAGAAAAGAGCUGCACCCGAUUCAGGGAAAAAACCCAAGACUCCAAAAAAGAAGAAAAAGAAAGAUCCAAAUGAACCCCAGAAACCUGUGUCUGCAUACGCUCUAUUUUUUAGGGACACACAAGCUGCAAUCAAAGGUCAGAACCCCAAUGCAACAUUUGGUGAAGUGUCAAAAAUUGUGGCUUCAAUGUGGGAUGGUCUAGGAGAAGAGCAGAAACAGGUAUAUAAAAGGAAAACGGAAGCUGCCAAAAAAGAAUACUUAAAGGCUCUUGCAGCCUACAGAGCAAGUUUGGUGUCUAAGGCUGCCGCAGAAUCUGCAGAAGCUCAGACAAUACGUUCUGUCCAGCAAACACUUGCAUCAACAAAUCUCUCAUCUACCCUUCUGCUAAAUUCCUCACUUUCCCAGCAUGCCUCUCUCUCGGUGGCAGCACAGAAUCUCCAGCAGUCAAUUCCAAGGGCCAUUGCACCAAAACCUUUAACUAUGAGACUACCAUCUAGCCAGAUUGUGACCUCAGUAUCCAUUGCACCAAACAUGCCAUCCAGUAUGGGAACUCCAUUAAUGAGCUCCAUGGGUGCACCGAUGGUUGCCACUCCACCAUCUUCUCAAGUGAGUCCUUCACUGCAGAGCCAACAGCAUCACAUCCAACAAUUGCAGCAACAGCAAUUGCAACAAAUGCAACAGCAGCAGCUUCACCAGCACCAAAUGCACCAGCAAAUCCAGCAGCAAAUGCAGCAGCAACAUUUUCAGCUUCAUAUGCAGCAACAGCUCCAACAACAACAACAACAACAGCAACUUCAGCAACAAAUGCAACAACAACUGCAACACAUACAUCUACAGCAGAUGCAGCAACAGCAGCAGAUGCAACAUAUUCAGCAUCAAUCACAAUUGUCUCCUCAGCAGCCAUCUCCUGCCCCUUCCCAAACUGGUGUACCUUCCCAGAUAGGAUCCCCCAUCCCCCAUAUCAAUAGUCCUUCCCCAGCAUCCCAACAACACCAGCCAUUGAUACAGUCUCAGGCACAGACUCAAGUGCUUUCUCAAGUCAGUAUUUUCUAAUCCUCAAUGGGUUUCAUCGCACGAUAUUUUCAUCUUUUUAAGGGAAGGUGCAUAUUCUGUAUAUUGUCAAAACUUGUUAUGCUAGAAUGCAUAGCAGACCAAGUGAGACUAAUAUGUGUCUAUUAGAUAGGCAAUAAAGGACAGUGUAAAUUGUAUCAUAUUUUAGCAUCCUGAAAUUCUCUUCUCUGGAAACUAAAGAAUGAGGACUUUUAGUUUUUCAUGUGAUGCAUUUUUUUUUAAUUUAUUGAUUUUAUUUCCUAAAAUAUGUGAAUUGUGUAAUCCUAAAACACACUGGGAAAUCACUUAAAAAGACAAAAAAAAAACUGUGGACACUUUGAGUGGACUGAACAUGCGAUAAAGCAUUUAAAUGCGACCUCAAUGCAUUGCCCGCAUUGAAUGCUCACAGAGACAAAAUGUAUGCUACCUGUAAAGUGAUAAUGUCACGGCCAUGCAAAUGCAUUUGUAUGACAUAUACGUAGUUAAUGGCAUUUUUGUCAUGAUAUGAUGUAAAUCACAGAUGUUUGCCAAAGUUCUUAUUUUUUCAUGUUUUGUCUAUAUCAAAAUUGAAGAAAAAAAAAUCUCAUUAGCAACCAAAAUUUAGGUGUAGAAUACACUGUAACGGUACAUUGGUUGCCUCUGUGUGUCCCACCAUCUGCAUUUGGACAGAAAUGUGAAUAUCGUGUGCUAAAGUGACACAUUUCUUAUGAAAACAAUGUAUUUUUAAAAGGGAAAUGCACUGUAAAUGGUUAUUGGUUAUUCUAAGAGCUAAAGUUAACUAGUACUGUAUGAACAGUAGAAUAUUUAAAAAGGGUACCCUAAUAAGGUGUAUAUAUUUUCUUUCUGAGUUGUAUGGUUUAAUUUCUUGUAAAAUGUUUUCAUAAACAAGGCUUUAAUGUAACACUGGUUACACAAACAUUAAUUGCUACAUCGCUUAUUGUGUUUUAUGCUGUUUUAUACUUUUUUAUGAGUUCGGAUAGCGCCAGUUAAGUUGUUUGUAUUUUUGCUUAACUGAAAAAAAUGCUUUUAUCUUGUGAUAGAAUAAACACAUUUCUGUAAUAGGUUGCAUGACGUUUGUUUAUUUAUUUUUUUUGGGAUUGCUUUUAGGUUUGUUUCUUUUUUGCUUCUUUUUUAUUUACAGCUGUAUUUAUUUUAGUUUCCAUAAAAGGUUUGCCCAUUUUAACAUAGAUUUGGCAAAAUAAAUAACCUACAAUAUAAAGUUAAACAAAGUGGCUUCUAAUCAAAACUUGUUACAAAUGUAUUUAUUCUUUCGGUAACACAGAUUCAAUGGACCUUUUUUCAACCCCAUCAUUGAUGUGGGAGAAUGUAUACCUAUAUACCAUGGGUGGGGGCAGGCAUAGUAGGUCAGAAUAUCUGCCUAAAUUGUCUGAUCCUGACACUGGCAUUCAUCUUAAAGGAAUCCUUUCAUAAUUCAUGCUGGCUAAACCAUGAGUCAUUGGGGUAGUCAUAGUGGCCUCUGCCGGCCCCACCAACUUUGAUUGAUAGAUCAUUCACUACCACUACUCAAACAGGGAAAGAUCUAACAAUCUAAACUGAUGGAGAGGGUAGAAGUCACAAAGAACUGCCCUAAUGGCUUGUGGUUCAGGCAGCAUGAAAGUAAUAACAUGUUUCCUUUAAAAUAACGUUUUCUAUCUAAAACAGUGUGAGAUGGAUAUUCACAAUAAAAAUUGUCACUCAGCAUAAUGUAUGAUCGCCUCUUAACAUAACCAGUGUAUUACUAUGCUUUUUGCCAAGUUCGGAGUCCCGCAAUACUGAUCCAUAGAUAAUAUUCCGAUAUGUUUUACCCCUUUAUUUUCUCUGUGGAAUCCUGUAAUAGAUCUCAAAGGGAGAAUUUAUUUUUACAAGGGUUAAAAUGGAUAAUAGAAGAAUCUGUGCAGGCCUUGAGGGUGUUAUGAAUAUAAGGUAGAAGGUCACACUACAGUUGAAGGGUACAGAAAAUCUCUCCUAUUGCGUUCAGUACUCCAUUUUGAGCUUUGGGAGAUGUAUGGUCUAUCUGACUUGAGCAAAAAAUUAAUAAAAAACAUUUUGCUAAAUGUCCGUUUAAUUUGAAUGAGGAAGAAUCUCUGCUUUAGGCUUGCUUGGCAUAGCCAUGAUAUUUGCUCAUUAUGCUUGUAUGUUUACUAUGGCCAUAAACCCUUGGGUUUCCCAUAGUUCUGUUGAACCAAACUUAGAUCACUGUAGGGUUCUUUGAGAAUCUAAGAUUGGUUAUAUUAACCAUGGGGGGUCCGAGUGUUGCAGAUAUAUUAGAAACACUAAAAUGUUGUGUGAAACUGCAUUGAUGCAUUCUCUCUUAGACACACAAAAUAGGAGUGCAUUUCGAUGCUUUGAGAGCCAGAAGUUAGUGUGGAGUGCUCCCUAAUAAAUACAGCCUACAACACAGUGCAUUCUAUAACUAUUGAUCCACUGUAUUUUAUUUCAUUUAUAUUAUUAGCCAAAUGGCACAAUAUUUUUUAGACCUGUGUCUGGUCAGCAGACAUAUCCACUUUAAUAGAUCUGUCAUAGUUGCUGAUUCUAUUAAAGAGGACCUGUGGUCACCCCCAAUUUAAUGAGUUUCUGGCACUAUUAGAAAAUGUAGGGGGUCCUGAUCGCAUUUGAUUUUACAUUAUAUUGAUUGGGCCCACUUGUUCCUGAGAUGUACUGUGAAACAUAGGAGCUGCCACUCUCUGUCCACUUUCCACACUAAAAUGCUAAUAUUCCUGAUAUGCCAUUAUAUAGCAAUGAGAAUACAAUAAAGCAAUGACAAAAACACAGAGGCUGCACCACUGUGCCCAGCAAUAUUGUCACUGUUUUUCAGAUGGCAUAUCAGAAAAAGUGUUAUUUUAAUGAGGGAAAUGGACCGAGGAUGCCAGAGGCUAAGCUUUGUUUGAUGCCAGAAACUCACAAACUGGGAGGUGACCACAGGUCCUCUUUAAGGGCCAGAUACCACCCAGUAAUAUGUUUUUAAGAUUUACUUGUGUUGCUGACCUUUAGAAAUUCACUGAUGUGUCCAUGGGUAGUUUCAUUUGCUACUGAAUUCAUAAGGGUUGUUAAAGCUUGGUUGCACAUGUUUUGCUCUACGCUAUGUGUAUGUGACCGCAUGAUAAAAUAUAAAUUGAUUUAAAAUAUGUUUUAAUAUUAGGACAAACAUUACAAAUGAACAGUAAAAUACCUCCAAAGAUGUUCCAUUCGGAAUAUAAAAACUCUUAUGGUGUUUGUGACAUAAUUCCCUUUACCAAAAAAGAAUCAAAUUCAACUAUAUCUACUUCCAUUGACCCUUGUCACUGUGUAUUCUUUGGAAACAUUGUGGAUGUGGAAAGUUCAGAGUGCUAGUAGAUAUUUUUUCUUACAAAAGAUGAACAUAUUAACAAAUAAAACAGUAAUAU